AUGCUUUUCACGCAAUUUGCAAUUUCUUAUGGAUAGAUUUUGUACCAAGAAAACUUUAUAGAUGAUAGCUUUGUAGAUACUGAAGGUAUUUUAUAUUAUUUAAUGUUAGGAUGGUAAGUAUAUAAUGCACCCAAAAAUAUAGGUGAAUGUAAUGAAAUAAAAUUAUUUGGAGGUUAUGAAGUAUUUGGAAAGAACACAAUGAUUACAAAACUUAUAACUCUACCUCCACACUAUGCAAUUAUGAUUACAGUAGAAUUUUGGAAGUAAUAUAUAUUAUAAAUAUAUAGAAUGGAUUCUUGGGAUGAUGAAUAUUUUUAUAUAUAUGUAGACUAGUAGCUAAUAUUCUCAAAAAUGUAUGGAUCGUCAGCUACAAAUCCAAACUUGUGUGGAUCAAGAACUGGGCAGGUAUGGCGUGAAGAAAUAUCAUAAAUCAGUGUAACAUAAAAUCACAACUUCAAAUCACUUUUUAUUCUUAUGACAUCGAAUUUAAAAGGUUAGCAAGAUGUAAGAAUAUUAUUUAUGAAAGGAAUGGUGGGGAAUUAGACAUUUCAAAUUAUAUAUCUAUGAAUGUCCACCUGGAUGUUAAACUUGUACUUCAGAAGAUUCAGCUAUUCUUUGCCAGAUUUGGGUUAUUUAAUAUCAAAGCUUGUUAAAUGUGGAUAUUGAUUAAUUCUAAAUGGAAGGAUGGAUAAUUUUGGAAGGAGAAUAAUCUAUAAAUUCUUGUUCUUGUAAUUUUAUUUUACACUAUUUUAGCUAUUCCUAUAUUAAGAGGAUUGGUUAAAAAUGAACAAAAAAGCAAAAUUAUAAAAUCAAUAAACUUGCCAGUUCACUGUUAAAUUAAAAUUAAAUUUAGGUUUAUUUUCAUUGACAAAUGGGAUUCUGAAUAUGCUUAAUUAUAUGUUGAUAAUCAAUUAAUAUGGAAUUAUUCUCAUUAAUCAGUUACAGGGAAAAUUAAUCUUUGUGGUGGGUAGAUUGGUGAGAAAAUAUUAGAUUAGGAAAUUAUUUUGCCUCAUAAAUAAUAAUUGUUAGAAUUGUAAUUUACUACUUCAUUGACAAAUCCACUUUCAGAAUUAUCUUUUGGCAUAAGAGAUAUUGAAAUAUUUAUAGGUAAAUAUAUCAAUAAUUUAAGAUUGUCCAUUUGGUUUUCCUUUUGAUUUUGUUUGUGAAGGAAUUUGUGGAAAUGGAGAGAUAGAUAAAGCUGAACAAUGUGAUGAUGGAAAUAUAUAUCCCUUUGAUGGAUGUUUUAAUUGCCAAUAUUCUUGUUUUGAAGGUUGUUCUAAUUGUAUUAAGGGAAUUUGUUUUGAAUGCUAAGAAGGAUGGAUAUUCUAUGAAUUUACAUGUACUAAAGAUUUCCUUAUAAAUACGCAAGAUUAAUUUCUUAUUGAAUAGCAGUAAUAAUGUUUAAACAAUUGUAAAUUAUGUAUAAAUAUGAUGUGUUAAGAAUGUGAUAUUGGAUUCUAUUUAAUCAACAAUAAAUGUUAAACAAUUUGUGGAGAUGGAAUAAUAGCUAGAGAUGAAGUAUGUGAAUUAGAUUAAUAAGAUUGUUAAAAUUGUUAAUUUAUUUGUCCUAAGUAUUGUGAUGUUUGCAUAGAAGGUGAAUGUCAGUAAUGUAUAAUUGGAUAUACAUUUGAUUAUAUUGAAAAAUAUUGUUAACCUAUAUGUGGAAAUGGUGUUGUGUCUGAUGAUGAAGAAUGUGAUGAUUUUAAUAUAGAAAAUGGGGNUUAUAUAUCUAUGAAUGUCCACCUGGAUGUUAAACUUGUACUUCAGAAGAUUCAGCUAUUCUUUGCCAGAUUUGGGUUAUUUAAUAUCAAAGCUUGUUAAAUGUGGAUAUUGAUUAAUUCUAAAUGGAAGGAUGGAUAAUUUUGGAAGGAGAAUAAUCUAUAAAUUCUUGUUCUUGUAAUUUUAUUUUACACUAUUUUAGCUAUUCCUAUAUUAAGAGGAUUGGUUAAAAAUGAACAAAAAAGCAAAAUUAUAAAAUCAAUAAACUUGCCAGUUCACUGUUAAAUUAAAAUUAAAUUUAGGUUUAUUUUCAUUGACAAAUGGGAUUCUGAAUAUGCUUAAUUAUAUGUUGAUAAUCAAUUAAUAUGGAAUUAUUCUCAUUAAUCAGUUACAGGGAAAAUUAAUCUUUGUGGUGGGUAGAUUGGUGAGAAAAUAUUAGAUUAGGAAAUUAUUUUGCCUCAUAAAUAAUAAUUGUUAGAAUUGUAAUUUACUACUUCAUUGACAAAUCCACUUUCAGAAUUAUCUUUUGGCAUAAGAGAUAUUGAAAUAUUUAUAGGUAAAUAUAUCAAUAAUUUAAGAUUGUCCAUUUGGUUUUCCUUUUGAUUUUGUUUGUGAAGGAAUUUGUGGAAAUGGAGAGAUAGAUAAAGCUGAACAAUGUGAUGAUGGAAAUAUAUAUCCCUUUGAUGGAUGUUUUAAUUGCCAAUAUUCUUGUUUUGAAGGUUGUUCUAAUUGUAUUAAGGGAAUUUGUUUUGAAUGCUAAGAAGGAUGGAUAUUCUAUGAAUUUACAUGUACUAAAGAUUUCCUUAUAAAUACGCAAGAUUAAUUUCUUAUUGAAUAGCAGUAAUAAUGUUUAAACAAUUGUAAAUUAUGUAUAAAUAUGAUGUGUUAAGAAUGUGAUAUUGGAUUCUAUUUAAUCAACAAUAAAUGUUAAACAAUUUGUGGAGAUGGAAUAAUAGCUAGAGAUGAAGUAUGUGAAUUAGAUUAAUAAGAUUGUUAAAAUUGUUAAUUUAUUUGUCCUAAGUAUUGUGAUGUUUGCAUAGAAGGUGAAUGUCAGUAAUGUAUAAUUGGAUAUACAUUUGAUUAUAUUGAAAAAUAUUGUUAACCUAUAUGUGGAAAUGGUGUUGUGUCUGAUGAUGAAGAAUGUGAUGAUUUUAAUAUAGAAAAUGGGGAUGGAUGUUCUAGUUAAUGUAAAAUUGAAUAGAAUUAUAUUUGUAAGAAUUAUUAAUACUCAUUUUCAGAAUGUAAUUAUGAAAAAUAUCCUUCAUUCUAACUUUCAUUAAAAAAUACAUAUCAUUAAUAUUAAUAUGUUUCUAUUUAUUUUGAUCAAAUGGUUAAAACAAAGAGUUAGAAUGUUUUUUUGAAAAUGAUAAGUAUGCGUUUAAUUGGACCAAAAGAAAUAUAUUAUGAUUUAAAUUUGAUUCCAAUCCAAGAACCCUUUGAAUUAGUUUCAUCUGCAGAAUAUUUAGUGGAAGUUGUAAUAAAUACUACUUUAUCAUAACCUCCUAUUUUAGAAGUAACUCUAGAAGAUUAACUCUUUAAUCAAAAUGAUGCUCCACUUAUAAAUCAAAUUAAUUAAGUCAAACUUAAUCUUCCAUAAUACCUUAAUGAUCAUUAAAAAUUGAAUGCUAUUUACCUUAAAGAAGUUGCUAAAUACACAAUGAUUUCAAUGGGAGGAUCAGUUGUGUUAAUAUUGAUUCUUUGUGGCUCAUUAUUAAUUUAAGAAACACUUGAAAUACUUCAAUAGUAAUCCUACCUUAGAUUUAUUAAUGUAGUUUUUCCUCUCAAUUUAUUUAUUUAUUUUGAAUCAAGUAAUUUGAUAUCAAUGUAACCUAUUAUGGACAAAAUUAGAAUUGAUAAAGUAUUAACAUCAUUUAUGGAUGAUUAAUAUUUGGAAUCUUAGGAGAAAUUAUUAUUCUAUGAAGUCAAUGCAGAUAUCUUAUGUAAUAUAUAAACUUAAGUAUUCCAAAUUAUCAUACUUAUGAUUACUUAUUAUUCAAAUUAUUUAGUCAUAAAACUAUUAAGGAAAUUAACAUAUUAAUAGUUUUUUUAUUUUGGUUAAUAAAUUGCUAAAUUUUUAAUGAAAGUCUUAAAGUCUUUGUAAAAAUUAAAAAGAAACUUUGAAACUUAAGCAUUCUAAGACUUUCUGAACACAAAUAGUUGGGAUCUCCUUUUUAUGUCCUUUCUCUAAAUCUAGUCAAAAACUAACAACAUUAUUUCUAAAUUAAUUGCAUAUCUGAUUUUGUAUAUCAGUCUUUUUCUUUCAUCCACAAUGUUUAGUAGAAUAAGUAAUCCAAUUAUAAGGAGUCCUAAAUAAUUAUGGAUUUCAAAGUCAAAUUAAAUCAAAAUAUUGAAAAAAGCUUUAUUUAUUAGCGUAUUAGUGAUGGUACAAUAAAAUCAAAAACUACAAAUUAUGUUAUUAACUUUUGUAUGCUAAUUCUAUUUAAUCUAUCUUUUCAUUAUGAAACCUUUUAAGAACAUCAUAGAUUAAAUUAAUACUAUGGCACUGGAAAUAAGUUCAUUUAUAUUUUGUUUUUCAUCAGCAUUAUAUUGGAAUAAUUUUACAGAUAAAUUGAAUUAUAGUAUUCAAAUAUAAUUUGCAUGGUUUUAAAUAGGAAUGUUAUUGUCAUGCUUAUUUAUUAAUUUCGUAUCAUAAUUAUGCAUGAUAUGUAUAAAACUGAAAAAGAUUAUGGUGAAAAAGUUAUAUUAUUCCAAGUAAAAUUAGAUGCCAAUGAAAACUAAUCCAUUUUUAAUUCCUUGA